UCUCCUCUCCUCUUCUUCCUCGCCGCGGAAACCCUAACCUAGCUGCGCCGCGCCGCCGCCGGCGCACAAGCCGCCAUGUCGAACCCCAAGGGGUCCAAGAUGCUCCAGUUCGUCAACUACCGCAUGCGCGUCACGAUCCAGGACGGCCGCCAGCUCGUGGGCAAGUUCAUGGCCUUCGACCGCCACAUGAACCUCGUCCUCGGCGACUGCGAGGAGUUCCGCAGGCUCCCGCCCUCCAAGUCCUCCAAGACCACCGGCGACCGCGAGGAGCGCCGGACGCUCGGCCUCCUCCUCCUCCGCGGCGAGGAGGUCGUCUCCAUGACCGUCGAGGGCCCGCCGCCGCCCGACGAGUCCCGCGUCAAGUCCUCCGCCGGCGGCGGCGCGCUCUCCGGCACCGGCGUCGGGCGCGCCGCCGGGCGCGGCGUGCCCACCGGCCCGCUCCUCCAGGCCCAGCCCGGCCUCUCUGGCCCUGUUCGGGGCGUGGGCGGCCCGGCCCCUGGCAUGAUGCAGCCGCAGAUCUCGCGGCCCCCCAUGCCCAACCUCUCGGCGCCGCCGGUCGCGUACCCGCAGGUCGUCCGCCCGCCCAUGAAUAUGCAGCCCAUGCGCCCUGGUGGCCCGCCGCCUAUGCAGAUGCAGUUCCAGCGCCCGCCGGGGCCGCCGCAGCCCUACCCAGGUGGCCCGCCGCAGCAGUUCAUGAGGGGACCACCCAUGGGACCUCCGCCAGGGAGGCCAGGGAUGCCAGGCAUGCCUGGCAUGCCGCCUCCACCAGGGAUGAGGCCACCAAUGCCACCGCCGCAAUUCGGACAACCACCCAGGCACGGGAUGCCACCGCCACCUGGUCCACAGCAGCCUGGACAGAACCCCCAGUAAUUGAACCUUCCAGGUAUGGUUCUUACCUAUGCCACCUAUGGAAGAUUGUCUUGAGAAGGGAGAAAAAUCCUCAUCUGCGUAUCACUCUUGCUUUUGAUGGGAGGAGAUGGACUGUUUUUCGAUGCAAUGUACGUAAAGAGGCCGAAGCUUGUUUUAACUGUUGGUCGUUAAGCUAGGGACAUGUUUAGCCUGUUUCAUUGUGUCGGGACCUUGUUGCUGGAUGUGUUUGCACUGGUAUCGUGGAAUCUUAUUUCGCAACAAUUAACUUGAGAUCGUAAAAUGUUUUGCUUCUUGUAUCAGUUUUGUUUGUUCUGA